GCGUGAUGGUGGUGCGAUAUGGAAUUACUGGCGAGUGCAGAGAAUUUCCGCGCCUCGCAAACACCACAUGAAUGAAAGCGAUUAUGCAUACACGCGGCGAAGGGACGACUUAAUAAAGAGAAGCCCGACGAAAAGCAACCGAAAAAGUACUCGCACAAAAUAGUGCGCCAGUGAUUUUCAUACCAAACCCACAUACAAGUGUAGAUAUGUAUGUAUGUAUUUAAGCACGAGUAUCUGUGCCUAUGCUCCCAGCGAAUCGCUAAGUUCAGCACUUUGGUUCAAUUAAACAAUGUUAGCGACAAAUGCUUACAAUUAUUGAGUACGCCGGCAGAGCGCAUGUGGCAUAUGCAUAGAAUUCUCAAUUAGGUUGCCUACAAAAGUACUAAUUUUCGAAAGAAAAAAAAUUGACAAACGAGCGUUGAGUGCAUAUGAUUUUUCAACGCUGCUCAAUAUCAUCGAUUUUUCAAUAUUUUCCCGAACUACACAAUCCAUGCACGGCAUUACGGAAACGCACAUUGACGAAGGCGCACGCAAAAUAGUGAUUGCAGGAAAAUAUUUAAAACGUGAAAGUGUUUUUGCUUCGCAGUGUUGAGAGAAAUUGCUUCUUACUGCUGAUUUGUGUACUACUAAAGCAGUUGUGUAGGAAAAAUUUUAAAAUAAAUAGCGCAAAAAAAAAAUUACUUCCUCAGCGAAAAUGGCGUUGGAUAAUAUUACUGCGUUCCAGGUUUUCGGCAGUAUAGCUCUUGGACUUAUGUGCUUCAAAAUCGUCACCAAAUUUCUACCAUGGGUUUACAUAAAUAUUAUUGGACCCAAGUUUUUGGGGCCAAAGUUGAACAUACGCGGCAUGGGCGGUUGGGCUGUGGUCACCGGUUCAACUGACGGUAUUGGAAAAGCUUAUGCGAAAGCGCUUGCGAAGCGAGGAUUCAGUUUGGUCCUGAUCAGCCGUUCGUUAAGCAAAUUGGAGGAUGUUGCGAAGGAAAUCGAAAAUGAGUGCAAAGUAGAAAUCAAAAUCAUCGAUGUUGAUUUUCAAAAUAGUGAUGAAAUUUACGAUAAGAUCAAAGCAGGCAUUGAAGGUCUCGAUAUUGGCGUGCUCGUCAAUAAUGUCGGCGUUGGUUAUCCCUACCCAGAGUACUUUCAUAAUUAUUACCAACAGAAUUCUAAAAUCCUGCUGGACAUGAUUUCGGUGAACAUACACUCUGUGACACACAUGUGUGCCUUAGUUUUGCCAGUCAUGCUGAGCAGGAAGAAAGGCUUAAUCAUAAAUGUAUCAUCAACAUCCUCGUCUAUACCAGCCCCACUGUUAACUAUCUACAGCGGUACCAAGGCCUUUGUCGAUAAAUUUAGCGAAGGUUUACAAACGGAAUAUCGAGCUAGUGGGAUCAGAGUACAAUGCAUUAAACCGGGCUUCGUUUCAACCAAGAUGAGUAAGUUUAGACCGAGCAUGUCGAGCCCAACGCCCGAUACCUAUGUGGCUUCAGCACUCAGUAUGUUGGGAUAUGCCACGACAACAACGGGAUAUUUACCACAUGAAUUCGUACACAUUACGUAUAACUUUAUGAAGUACCUAACGUGCGAACCCUUUGUUUCGAGCGUUUUUUUGAAAUAUUAUUUGAAAUUGCGCAAACUGGCUCUAAAACGUAUGAGCCAAAAGAAAUAGGGGACCAGCAGAUGUGGAAGAGUUAUGAUUUUGCUUUAUGAAGCAAAUAUAAUUGUUUUCUUUUUAUGUAAUCUAAAUUAAAUGUGUAAUUUAUAUUAAGAGGAAAAAAAUAGUUUUUUUCCAAUGGAUAUAAAUAAAAAAUGCACAGUUAUAUAAAAUA